CAAACUGACCUUUUUGGGGGGGUCGAUGCGGCUUUCGCGAUGUCGCGUAAGUACCUUAGCCAAUCCCUACCCCUUUUAGUAAAAACUAGAAAGCCAAACACGCUUCACGCUUCAUACUUCACCUCGUCACUGUUCGUUCCGGUAAACCGCUGACCGUUCAUAACAUAGUUGGAAGCAUGUUUGCUACCAUGACUGAUGACACUAAUGAAACGGCGAAUGCGACGAAGACGACACCAUCAUCAUCACAUAGCACAAGCACAAGACGCUGGACCACCUCCACGGAGGAGAGGAAAAGCCAAUCAACAACUAAGUCAACUAAGACCGAAUCCAAGGCGACCAAAACUUCCACUUCCAGCACUAAAAAGCCUGAGCCUACUCACCCGGCAGGGAUUACUUGCGACUUGAAGAAAGUGGGCGACGAGUCGUCGGAGUUUAAGCCAAGGGACUAUGUGAAAGCUGCUUUCGAGGCCGGCGUGUACCAAUAUUGCCGCGGCGACUACGGGUGGCUGGUGAGGCCUGAUGAUAGGGGAUCUGGAAGUAAUUACUUCUGGUUCGAUACCAAACAUACCGACAAAGAAACUGGCAAUCUUCCAGCAUACUGCCUAGGAUCAGCCAAGGGCGUGCUGGCCCAAUGGUCCCCCAAAAGCCAGUCUCUGUGCUCGGGCGGGAGCGGCGUCUUCGGUUCAAACAGCAAGAUCUGGCUGGAAGUUGUGCCAUCAGAUAAUCAGAAGGGCUGUAAAGAUCUGAAGGAAUAUAAGUUGCCGGCUGGCGAUGACUGUGUGAAGAAUUGGAAUAGGAUCUUAAACGAAUGCAUGAAAUCGGGCGAUCCUCCGCACGGAAACUCUGGAUCGUGGAGAGAGAGUACCGACUCAGGCUGCUUUGAUUGGAAUAUUUGGGGUCGUAAACUGACAUAACCUAGGAAGCGGAUGGAUACGAAAUCACUUACAUAGUACCUGUUAACCGAGUUACCUAACUUACCUGGCAUAUUAAGUACGCAGUAUGAAUAAAAAUAUGAUAGAUAUCUAACCUAGUAGAUUACGGUGGCCC